CAGGAGGAACGCCGCGAGAUGGUCGAUCUGGCGGGCGGGAGGGAGGCGGUCGAGGUCCGGCUCGGCGAGAGCGUCUCGCAGGAGCUCACGAGACGGCUGGCGGCAUCCUUCAGGGAGUAUUUGCCGACGUGCAAGCUCCAUGAGUCCUACCUCGCCAGUCGCCUGAACGAGACGGUGAAGCUUCGCCACGAGGCAGAGCGGGGUACUGAUGACGAGUACGACGAGGCAGGAUGUAGCUGCGAGCCAGACGAGGCGGGCCAGGCCUGCUCUGCCACGUCCGAGUCGUGCGACUGCGUGGGGACCUACGGCAACUUCUACGUGGACCAGCCAGCUUCGCCGACCCUGCUCUUGGAUGCGAUCCCCGCAAGGCACGCGCUCGUGGAGUGCUCCGACGAGUGUGCCUGCUCCACCAAGGGCUGCGCGAACCGCGUUGUAGGUCGAGGCCUGCGCGCCGCACUCACCGUCGUCGACGCCGGACCGUCAAUGGGACUCGGCCUGCAAACGACACACAGCAUCUCAAAGGGCCACUUCGUCAUCGAGUACGCCGGUGAGAUUGUCUCCGACCACGAGGCCCGACAGAGGUGGGAGGCCUAUGCGAUGGACGAAAACGUCGUGGGCAAUUACAUCCUCGCCGUCAAGGAGCACUCCGAGGGCCACAUUCUGCGCACGAACAUCGACCCGACACGGGUUGGCAAUGCCGCGCGCUUCAUCAAUCAUUCGUGUGACGCGAACCUCGUCAUGCUUCCGGUCCGAGUUGACGGGUCAAUUCAGCUGACCUCACAAUCUGAGCAAGUCAGGGCGCCCAGCCCUCCUCGAGCUGCGCUGUUUGCAAAGCGAGACAUUGCAGCGGGAGAGCAACUCUCUUUCGACUACAGUGACGGCAGCAGCAGCAGCGGCGAAAGCGGCGGAGGGCAAUCCACAACUGGCAGAGAGGAGCAAGCAGUAGGAGCCACAAUGGCAAGGUGCCUCUGCAUGGCCGCGACUUGCAGAGGGUGGCUCUACACCGACGCUUCGCUGUGAUGAUGCAUUUGGAAAUGGCCCGCGAAAGGGGCUAGUUCGGAGAGAGGCCCGUCCGCCGCGCCUGUACCAUACUCACGGUGUAGUCACAUUUCUUCCCAUUGUUUGUUCCGGG